AUGGCUCCUAGUAAAGGAUGGAUGGAUCUUGUUGGUGAUCGUCUUAAUAAUAUAUAUUUAUGUGGAGUUGAAGAAUUUUUAGACUAUGCUUUUAAGAAGACUGGGAAGCAUGGGAAAAUACGUUGUCCAUGUGUCAAGUGUAGUAACACGUAUUCCGCCACACGAGAAGUGGUAGGGACACAUCUCAAGGUGUAUGGAAUAAUACGUAAUUAUACAUUUUGGUAUCACCAUGGAGAAAGGGUAGGUGAAUCUGAAUCUAAUUUAGAAAGUGUUGAACAAAGUGAAGAUGAGCCUAGUAAUGAGAUGCAUGACAUUUUAAGGGAUUUAUAUCCAGAGUUUUGUGGUCAAGAUACAAAUGAUAUGGAUACGGAUAUCUUCGCUUGUGAUAUUCAUAAAGAGGAACCGAAUGAGGAAGCGAAUAAAUUCUAUAGGUUACUAAGAGAUUUUGAGCAACCAUUAUACCAAGGUUCUAAGAGCUCAAAGUUAUCUUGCUUAGUCAAAUUGCUCCAUAUCAAGAGCCUUGGUCGAUGGAGUAAUGAGUCAUUUACUAUGUUGUUGCAAUUAUUGAAAGAUGAAUUAUUACCUCAAGGAUCUAAUUUGCCACAAUCAUGGAAGACUGAUAAAUAUAAUGGGGAAGACAAGGUUAAAACCAAUGGGAAGAGAAUACCAAAAAAAAUUCUGCGUUACUUUCCACUAAAGCCAAGACUUCAAAGAUUGUUUAUGUCCACAAAGACAGCGUCUUUGAUGAGAUGGCAUAAAGAUAAGAGGGUAGAUGAUGGAGUGAUGAGACACCCUGCUGAUUCAAUGGCAUGGAUUUCCUUUGACAAACUACAUCCAAAUUUUGCCUCAGACUCUCGCAAUGUGAGACUAGGCCUUGUUAGUGAUGGAUUUCAACCUUUUGCCAUUCAAAAAUGCCAUAUAGUGUUUGGUCCUGAGGGUCCCGGAAAUGCAAUUGAUAUCUAUCUUCAACCCUUAGUAGAAGAACUAAGAGAGUUAUGGGAAACUGGCAUUGAUACAUUUGAUGCAUAUGCACAACAGAAUUUCAAGUUACAUGCAGUUUUACUAUGGACUAUCAAUGAUUUCCCUGCAUAUGCGAACUUAUCAGGUUGGAGUACUAAGGGAAAGUUGGCUUGUCCUUGUUGUAAUAAGGACACCUGUUGGAUGAGGUUGGCUAAUGGAGGCAAGCAAUGUUAUAUGGGUCAUCGACGAUAUCUUCCUCUUAAUCACAAAUGGAGAAAUGAUAACGAAUCUUUUGAUGGCACAAGGGAGCGAGGGUUACCACCCAAGCCACUUUCAGGAGAUGAUAUACUUGAUCAAGUGAAAAAUCUUGAAGGGGUCAUAUUAACUAAGGCUCCUCAUAUGAAGAAAGCAAUCUCACAUGAUGGUAGGGGGGACAAUUGGAAUAAAAAGAGUAUAUUCUUUGACCUUCCAUAUUGGAGGACCUUAUUGCUACGUCACAACUUAGAUGUCAUGCACAUUGAAAAGAAUAUAUGCGAUAAUAUACUAGGGACAAUCAUGAACAUAAAGGGAAAAACUAAAGAUGGCAUCAAAACUCGCCUUGACUUGCAAGCAUUAAAUAUAAGGCCAGAGUUACACCCAGACAACAGGGAAUAA